UCUAAAGUUAAUCCUCAUUUAUUAUCACAUAUCUCAAAAUGAGUAGGAAGCAGUACAUAUUUAUUAAAUUGCAUCCCUGUUGCUUUUACUGAUAAAUACAAUAUUCAUAUUUUUUCUUCCAUUUUGAACAAAACAGGUCUUACAAAUAUGUAAACAACAGAGCAAAUCCAGUAAAUUUAACAGUUAGAUUUGUAAUUUUACUUAUGACAAAUUUGAGAAAAAAUGAACAAAAUGGAACUAAACUCUAAAAGAUGCCAAUAUUCUCCAGUGAAAUAAUUAAAAAUAUACACAUGGCCCUUUUAAAUUGUUAAUUUAAUUUAACCCCUUUACUGCCAUUACACAAUGUAGAGUAAAAUUGUCUUUGUUGAGUUGAAUAUUAUUCUAAAUCAGUUUCAUUCAUUGGGUUUUAUGUGUUUAUUUUAUUUUUACCCAUUAUAAAACACUUUGGUUAACCUUGUGAUUAUUCUAACAAGUGAUACAAAUAAAUUUAUCAUGUAUUUUUAUUAUUAUUAUGUCAGACAAGAUAAGAGGACAUUAAAAUUACAAAAAUAAAAAGGGAUGAAGUCAUAAAGACAGAUUUAUGACAUUCAGGGACAUAGUAAUAAUACACAUUUAAAUAAUUUACCACUUCAAUUUUAUAGUUAAAAUCGCACUAGAAAAAAAAAUCCUGCUAUUCUUAAAGUGUUUUGUGAUAGUAUACAUGCACAUAUUUUUUUAUUUUUUAAUGAUAUGGAUAAAUUUUGUCUAAAAUAACAAAGAAUAAGUAAAAUUCUUGAUAUUAUAAGCAGUUAUAACAAGAGGACACACAGUGAUUACUUCCUUUAAUUGUCUCACAUUUAUCAAAGUAAAAGUUUUACUGCCAUAAAAUAAAACUCUCUAAUUAGCUCUUAUCUCAUGCGCUGAUUGUGUCCUGCGGGCUUUUUAAGAGCACAGAUAAGUGAAGGAAUGAUCUUUGGCCGCUCACACAGUUAAUCAUUCAGCUCCGAAACAAAGAAAGGAAAAGAUUUUUUAAAAAGUCAGUAGCAGCAGAAGCUGUGAGGAGUUUCAGCCGCCACAGUGAGACAACAUGGCUGCUAAACAACCCGGUGAGGACUGCAGGGACGGGCGCUCCGAGGCCCAGCGGGGGGGAUUCCUGCUGAGGAUCAGGGAGUUUAAACCAAAGGAGGUUUUCACUUGGCAGCUUCUCAAAACGCUGGCGAUGGGUCAGGGUCUGGCCGGGCUCAUCUGUGGUACCGCAGUCUCCUCUCAGUACCUGGCCGCAGAGUUUCACCUGAACACGCCGAUGCUGCAGAGCUUCCUGAACUACACGCUGCUGUGCGCCACCUACACCAGCAUGAUGAUCUGCAGGAGAGGGGAUGGAAAUAUCUUGCAGAUCCUUAGGAGAAGAUGGUGGAGGUACUUACUGCUGGGUCUGGUGGAUGUGGAGGCCAACUACACCGUGGUCAAAGCCUAUCAGUACACCACCCUCACCAGCGUCCAGAUGCUGGACUGCUUUAUUAUCCCGGUCCUAAUGAUUCUGUCCUGGUGGAUCCUGAAGACCCGGUACAGACUGAUCCACUACGUGGCCGUCUGCCUCUGUCUGCUGGGAGUUGGGGCCAUGGUCGGCGCUGACCUGCUGGCUGGAAGAGACCAAGGCUCCACCUCCAACAUCUUAUUAGGAGACGGUUUGGUUCUGCUCAGUGCUGCUUUGUACGCGGUGUCUAAUGUGUCUCAGGAGUACACAGUGAAGAACCUGAGCAGAGUGGAGUUCCUGGGGAUGGUUGGCCUGUUUGGGACCGUCAUUAGCACCGUCCAGAUGGUUAUCCUGGAGCGUAAUGAAUUGUCCAAUAUUAUCUGGAGCUGGCAAGUUGGGCUUCUGCUUGCAGCUUAUGCUCUGUGCAUGUACGCUCUGUACAGCUUCAUGCCCAUAGUGAUGAAGCUGAGCAGCGCCACCUCAGUCAAUCUCUCGCUGCUCACUGCCGACCUCUUCAGCCUCUUCUGCGGGAUCUUCCUCUUCCAGUACAACUUCUCUGGACUCUACCUGGUCUCUCUUGUGGUCAUCCUCAUCGGCUUCAUCGUCUUCAAUGCUGUGCCGCCGCCCACCGCCGCCGCCGCCGUCUCUUCUUCCUCUUCCUCAAUCUGCGAGGAAGGCUGCUAUGAGAAUCCUGGAGCGACUGAGGAUGACUCCAACAGAGAUGAAGAUCCAGGAAGGAUCCCCGCUGAGGUAGAGGAGGAGGAUGAAGAACGGCGAGCGGAUAAGACAGAUUCAUCACAAAGCUUUAGAGAGGAAACUGAUGGAGAUCGUUCUGUUGAACAGAGCACGAAAAUGUGAACAGCUCAAGAGAGUGUUUUAAACAUUUCUAUAUUGAGUUUUCAUUCGUGUCGGUGUGCACUACACCUCGUUUGGUUUGUGUCUGUCUCCGUCUCCCAGAACCCUGAAAAUAAUUAAAUCAGAGCAGAAAAAUGAUGGCAGCAUACAAAAUAUUGGUAGUUCUUUAAAAAAAAUUAAAAAACAGAAAAGAGACAGGCUUUUUGUGGAUUUUGACCCAGAAAUAUAUAAAUUUUCAUAAGACAGUUUAAGGUUAAUAAGGUUAAUUAAACUUUUUUUCUGCAUGUUCUCCUUCUGCAUUCACCAUACAUUGUUUUUUAUUAUUAUUAUUUUAAUGCUCUUUUAGAUAAAUUCACAAUAAAAUACAUUCAAGUUUGUCAUUACAACAUAAACAAAUGUGAAAAGUUCAAGAACUUUAAAAGUUUUAUAAGGCAAUUAAUAAUUUUCAAAUUUGCAUAUAUUUUGGUAAAACUGGUUAUAAGCCCUUGGGGCAUUUGCAUAGAAGUUUUGUUAUAAUAUAAGACAGUUUUAUUGUAAACAGUAAAGUCCAUGAAAAUGUCAGGAUGCUAGGUUUUACAGCCGAACAUUGAAAUGCAAUGUAUUUUUUGUCUAUGUUCAUAAUUCUGCCUGAUUUAUGAACACAUUUAAAAUAUGUCAUAUUAGAUUUUUUAAUACACAUUUCAGUUUAAAAUGACAUGCCUAUGUGUAAUAUUUUAUUAUGUAUUUAUUUUAUGAUGUCAUUAUCUUAAGUCAUUAAGAAAAUGCAUUUACACUUUAAUUAAAUGUAAUUUAAAUGUAAUUAAAAAUCAAAAAA